UCUAAUUCCACGCAACGCAGCUGCGCCCUUUUGCUCCAUCGUCAACUGACCUAACGCUGCAAAAUCUUGAAGGAAAUGGAAUGAAGUGAAGAAUCAGAGUUGAGUAAAGAGAGUUGGGACACGAAAAAGUGAGUGGUUCCACGAACUUGUUGAACAAAGCUUCUCAACACUAACUUGCUCUCCACUCAUUCCCAUACUCAGGGAAAGAGAGAACAACCCCCACAAGAGAGUUAUUCACUCAUUCGUAAUCAGCAAUGGCGGAGCCCUCAUCAUCAACACCUUUACCUCCAAAGGAAUCGCUUAUCAGGCGCUACAAGCUCGUUUGGCGUGUUCUUUUGAUCUCUAAUCUAGCUCUCGGAGCUUACAUAUUUGCAAGUCCUAAAAAGAGAGAUGCCAGUGUAGUGAACAAGCACAAAGCUUCAGAAAAAGGUGCUACAAAACGCAGAGCAGAAGAGGAGGUUACAACUGAGGAGGAAGUUAAAGCUGAAGAGGAAGAUCCCAAUUCUAUCUAUUUUCCAACUUAUGAGACAGCAACAUUCCCUCCACCAGCCAUAAAACCUGUGAAGGUUCGGGAACCAAUCCCCGAAGAUCAGCAACGUGAGCUUUUCAAGUGGAUGUUGGAAGAGAAAAGGAAACUUAAACCAAAAGAUCCUGACGAAAAGAAACGAAUUGAUGAAGACAAGGCUAUACUUAAACAGUUUAUUCGUGCCAAAACUAUACCGAAAUUCUAGUUAGUGAUUUCUUCUUCUUUGUUGAGAAAAUUAUCUUGUAGAGAAUUACGAGAGAUGAGGGGCCGUAUUUCAGUGCUCUUCUGUUUCUAGAUGGUUUUUUAGUAUCCAAUUUGAAAAUCAGAGAGUUCUAAUUCUUCUUAAAAA